AAGAGAACGAUGGCCGUCUUCUUCCUGCCGCUUGUCUUAGCAGGUCUUGCUCCUCUCUCUGAAUACAAAAAUGCCUUGUUUAAAAUGUCUGCUACCAGGUUCAGCUGGUCUCGUCUAACCCCUUUCAAGCUGAAGAACAGAUCUGUAGGACUUAGCACUGAAAGCAAUGCUCAGGGCAAAGUGUACUUCACCCUGGACGGUCACAAGUUCAUGAUAGUUGGAGGCUCCAUCCACUACUUCCGAGUGCCCAGGGAGUAUUGGAAGGACCGCUUGCUGAAGCUUCAGGCCUGUGGAUUCAACACUGUCACCACCUACAUCCCAUGGAACCUCCAUGAACAGAAUAGGGGGACAUUUGACUUCUCUGAGAUCCUGGACCUAGAGGCCUAUGUUUCGCUGGCUGCAACUCUAGGGCUGUGGGUGAUUCUUCGACCAGGGCCGUACAUCUGUGCUGAGGUUGACCUAGGUGGGUUACCCAGCUGGCUUCUGGGCUACCCUGAGUUACAACUGAGAACAACCCAACAAGAAUUUCUUGAUGCUGUUGAUAAGUAUUUUGAUCAUCUGAUUCCCAGAAUACUUCCUCUCCAGUACCUCCGUGGAGGCCCUGUUAUUGCUGUCCAGAUAGAAAAUGAAUAUGGUUCAUUUAGUAAGGAUGGGGACUACAUGGAAUACAUUAAGGAGGCUCUGCAGAAGAGAGGGAUUGUAGAGCUCCUCUUGACCUCAGAUAAUCACAAGGGAAUUCAGACUGGCUCCGUCAAAGGAGCAUUGACCACUAUCAACAUGGCAUCGUUUGAGAAGGAUUCUUUUAUUAAGCUUCUUCAAAUGCAGAAUGAUAAACCCAUUAUGGUUAUGGAAUACUGGACUGGCUGGUUUGACACAUGGGGGAGGGAACACAAUGUUAAAAGUGCAGAAGAAAUUCGAUAUACUGUGUCUAGAUUUAUCAAAUAUGGAAUCUCCUUCAAUAUGUAUAUGUUCCAUGGUGGAACCAACUUUGGUUUCAUAAAUGGAGCCUUCCAUUACGAUAAGCACUCAAGUGUUGUGACUAGCUAUGACUAUGAUGCUGUACUGACUGAGGCUGGAGAUUACACAGAAAAGUAUUUCAAGCUUCGGAAACUUUUUGCUUCUGCUUCAGUAGGUUUCCUGCCUCGGUUGCCUCAACUUAUUCCCAAGACCGUGUACCCUACUGUGGGUCUAGCAUUCUACUUGCCAUUGUUUGAUAUCCUACCAUACCUAAAUAAGCCUGUCAUGUUAUACACUCCAGUCACCAUGGAGAAUCUUCCAAUAAACAACGGCAGUGGCCAGCCAUUUGGAUUUGUCCUCUAUGAGACUUCCAUCUGUGCUGGCGGUGAUCUCUAUGCUUCAGUUAGUGAUUCAGCACAGGUGUUUUUGAAUGACACAACUAUAGGCAAUCUGGACGAAUAUACUUAUGACCUGACUAUUCCUACAAUUCAGGAUUGUCAACUUCUGAGGAUCCUGGUUGAGAAUCAAGGCCGGAUAAAUUAUUCAUGGAAAAUUCAAAAUGAGUGGAAAGGAUUAAAUGGUGAUAUUAGCAUCAAUGGCACUUUGCUGAAGAAUUUCACCAUCUAUUCAUUGGACAUGAAGAUGAGUUUCUUCGAGAGGCUCCGCUCUGCCACCUGGAGGCUUGCCCCAGAGAAUUAUCUAGGUCCUGCAUUCUAUUUGGGGACCUUGAAGGCUGAUUCUUCUCCCAAGGAUACCUUCCUGGAUCUAUCAAACUGGUAUUAUGGGUUUGUAUUCAUCAAUGGACGCAAUCUUGGAAGAUAUCAGAACAUUGGGCCUCAGAGAACACUGUACCUUCCUGGUCCCUGGCUUCAUCCAGGAGACAAUGAGAUCAUUGUCUUUGAGAAGAUACAGAAGGGUUUCUACAUCCAAAGUAAAACCAGACCCCAGCUACAAUACUAG